GGAGCGAGUUGUGAACCGCUUAGUUCAACCGGGUCGGUUAGGCAUUUCCACCCAAAACCGCACCAAGUCGGGUCGGCCAGGAAUUUUAUCUCCUAGGAGUGAAGUGAGGAGAGACUAAAGGGCGGAGAAUUGGAUAUGGCGAAGAAGAAGGAGCUGUUGUCGUCUGCACCAUGGAGAGGGGAAGGAAACCAGCAGUCGGAGAAAUUCCAAGACGCGAAGCUCAAGGCCACUAACCAACCAGGGACCACCCCCACCAUGUACGUUCCCCGCAAGAAGUCUGUCUCUAAAUCCUCUUCAAAACCCCUCACCGAUGAUGAUUCCCCUUCCGAGAUCGACCCCGAACUCCGUUACAGCUUCCAGCGUAACUUCCAGUUUCUUCAACGUGUUUUUAGCAUUGACACAGUUGUGAAACCUCUUCCUCCUGCCUUGGCAUACAAUGUUUCUCGCAACUUGAGCUUCUUCACGCGUAUUUUCACCCAGUUCUUUGAUCCUGAAGGUAUUGCAAAUGCACAGAAAUCGCUUGGGUUAGGACAGGAAGAGAAAGUUCGACGUGUCCGCUGAGAAAUCUUGCAUUAUAAGUGAAGAAUGUGUUUGAAUGCAACGUUUAUUUUUGACUUCAUCUAUUAGUGAGCCACUGUUUUGCCUGCUUAACUUUCUCCUGAAGGCAAUAAAUUUUGAACACACUGUAUAACAUUCAGAUAUUCUCAAUGACUUGUUAUGAUA